UGAUACUGUACAUACUUUAGUUCCUGGUGAAUAGCGAUACAAUGAAGGAUGGAACAUUGUCUGUUGCGUGUUCUAGAGUUCCAGACUUCCAAUUCCAGAAUGCUGUGUUCCAGAGGCAUGCUCCAGCAGUGGAGUCUAGCUGUGUUCCUGCUCUACUCUUCUGUCCCUCUCUAUGGGAGACCCAUCGAUGCUCUCACUAACAGAAUGAGGAGGUCAGUGAGCCACGCCCAGCUGAUGCACGAUAAGGGCCGUUCCCUGCAUGAGUUCAAGAGACGGCACUGGAUCCAGGAACUACUAGACCAAGUCCACACGUCCGACAGCGAGCGAGCCCCGGCUCCCCAGAGCAGGACCAGUGCUAAUGAGUGUCACAGCACCUUCAGCGGAAGCGCCCUGUCCCCCCCCAAACCCUCUGGAGGGACCAAGAACCUCCCCCUGAGCUUCCGGCUGGGAGGGGAGGGGAGCAACCUCCCCCAGGAGACCAACAAAUCUGUGGCCUACAAACACCAACCUCUGAAGGUGGUCACCAAGAGGAAAAAGAAAGUGAAGGGAGAGAGGGGGAAACGGAAGGAGAGCGAGAAGAGGAGGAGGAGGGCUCGCUCUGUAGUCACAAGUCUUACGACACAAAGAGAGGAGUUACAGAGGACACAAGACACAGUGUGACAAACAUACUUCAUGAUGUAGCCUUUGGGUGGCGCUGCACUAAGGACUCUGACUGACAAAGAUUCCAGCAUCACUGACUGAGACUCAGCCUAAUGUCUCAGACUCGAAACAACUGGUCUCUCCAUAC